GGGUCAGGAAGAAACCAGAAAGACAACGCCUUGUGUAAGCAUGACUUCCAAGCUGGCUAUUGCUCUCUUGGCAGCCUUCCUGCUUUCUGCAGCUCUGUGUAAAGCUGCAGUUCUGUCAAGAAUGAGCUCAGAACUUCGAUGCCAAUGCAUAAAUACACACUCCACACCUUUCCACCCCAAAUUUAUCAGAGAAUUGCGAGUGAUUGAAAGUGGACCACACUGUGAAAAUUCAGAAAUCAUUGUUAAGCUUGUCAAUGGAAAAGAGGUCUGCUUAAACCCCAAGGAAAAGUGGGUGCAGAAGGUUGUGCAGAUAUUUUUGAAGAGAGCUGAGAAGAAAGAUCCAUGAAAACAACAACAACAACCAAAAAUCCAUUUGUCCUUGGCUUCCGAGAAUUCCUCAGUAAAGAUACCAAAGAAACUUCAAACAAAUCUACUUCAAUGCCUCAUGUACUGUGUAGGUCUGGUGUAGGGUUGCCAGAUAAAAUACAGGAUGCCCAGUUAUAUUUGAAUAUUAAGUAAAACAAUGAAUAUUUUUUUCAAUGUCCCACAUACAUUGUUCCAUGUAGGACACACUUAUAUUUUAGAAAUUAUUCAUUGUGUACGGUAAAUUCAAAUUUAGCUGGAAAUCCUGUUUGUCGUUUUUUUGUUUUUUGUUAAAUCUUGCAACCCUAGUCUGCUGGCCAGGAUUCACGAGUCCUUGUUCAACUGAACCUCAGUUUCUU